UUCUUUUUCUACCAUUUGUCUCUUCGCGGAGAGAGAGAGAGAGAGAGAGAGAGAGGUCUUGCAAUUCUCAUGAACUGCGGAGUCGUGCUGGGGUUCUACUGCUGGGGUUGGGAAUUCUUAACUGCCCUUCUUCUCUUCGCCACGCCCUUAUGAUCAGCCAUUCUUCUUCUACUUCUUAAUUAUUAGAUAUAUACAUACAUAAAUAUAUAUAUAUAUCUAGAGAGAGAGAGAGAGAGAGAGGGGGGGUGGGGGGGGGGGGGGACCAUCACCAUGGAUCAGUACUGUGGAUGCGAGGAGGAUGAUCGGAAGGGUUUGUUGGAGUACGCGAGGAAGGCGUCGCCGCCGCCUUUCCUGGUGAAGACGUACAUGCUGGUGGAGGAUCCGGCCACCGACCAGGUCAUCUCCUGGAACGAGGACGGGAACGGUUUCGUCGUCUGGCAACCGCCGGAGUUCGCCAGAGAUCUCCUCCCGACGCUCUUCAAGCACAGCAACUUCUCCAGCUUCGUCAGGCAGCUCAACACUUAUGGUUUCAGAAAGGUGGCAACAACUCGGUGGGAAUUUUGCAACGACAUGUUCCGGAGGGGUGAAAGAGGCCUACUCUGCCAAAUUCGUCGGAGAAAAGCGUGGACAAACAAGCCCCGGCCGGCACCCAUCCAGUCCGAGCCCAAAGAAUCUGAUGAAGAUCAGAGGUCAUCCUCAACCUCAUCGUCGUAUGGUUACAGCACCCUCGUCGACGAGAACCGGCGGCUCAAGAGAGAGAAUGGGGUCUUGAGCUCCGAGCUGUCGACCAUGAAAAGGAAGUGCAAGGAGCUUCUUGAUCUUGUGGGCACGUUCGCCAACACAGACAAAGACGGAGAAGAAGACGAGGAUGGCGCCGGCGACGUCGACGAUCGACCGAUGUUGUUUGGUGUGAGGUUGGAAGUGCAGGGAGAAAGGGAGAGGAAGAGAGGAAGAAAGAAGGCAGAUAUCAGCAAAGCUGCCAGCCUUUUGUUAGCUCAGUCUUGCAAGUGAUCCCUAAGUAGGGAAAUUAGCUAAUUAAGCUACUUCAAAAUGCAAGUAAAUUUAUACAUACAUGUAUAUAUGUACUUGUUUCUAAUAACCCACAUAAUACUCUUUUAAUUGUAAAAUUCCAUCUUGUCGAACCCUAAAUCCUCGAUAUUCAUAUCGCUUGUAAUCCUCGCUUGUAAUAUGAUAAGUUUUCGAGUGCAAAUUUUAUCUUUUAAGA